CAGCAGCAGCAGCAGCAGCGGCAGCGGCAGCAGCAGCGGCAGCGGCAGCAGGAGCCCUCCUGGCCCGCGCUCCUGGCCAGCAUGGGGGAGUCCUCGCCCGCCGCCCAGGCUCACAGACUCCUCUCCGCCUCCUCGUCCCCCACCCUGCCCCCCUCCCCGGGAGGCGGCGGCGGCGGCGGCGGCGGCAAGGGCAACCGAGGCAAGAACAACCGGAGCAGGGCUCUUUUUCUAGGAAACUCUGCCAAGCCGGUGUGGCGCCUGGAGACUUGUUACCCUCAGGGCGCCUCCUCCGGCCAGUGCUUCACCGUGGAGAGCGCGGACUCGGUGUGCGCCAGGAACUGGAGUCGGGGGGCGGCCGCGGGGGAGGAGCAGCCGUCCAGGGGCUCUCGGCCAACUCCCUUGUGGAACUUGUCGGAUUUUUACCUUUCGUUUUGUAAUUCCUACACACUUUGGGAGUUGUUUUCGGGGCUGUCCAGUCCCAGCACUUUGAACUGCAGUUUGGACGUGGUGCUCACAGAGGGCGGUGAGAUGACCACGUGUAGACAGUGCAUCGAAGCUUACCAGGACUACGACCACCACGCUCAGGAGAAGUACGAAGAGUUUGAAAGUGUGCUGCAUAAGUACUUACAGUCGGAUGAGUACUCGGUGAAAUCGUGUCCUGAGGACUGCAAGGUUUACAGUUCAGUCAACUAACAAAUAUCAGUUGUACCUU